AUGACAGAUUUAUUUUUUCUUCCAUCUAAAGCUUAUAUACAAGUUGAAGAAAGAGUUGUUAAAGCAAAUAAGACAUCCUAUGCUAAUACAGAUGCAGUUUCACUUACACGCAAUGGAAUUGUGCAUUUAUUUAAAAGAAUGAAAUAUGAUUUAUCAGAACAGAAUAUAGAAACAAAAGAUAAUUUAGGACAAGCAACUACAAUGCAAGCUUACAUUAUUCAGAAACCUACUGAUAAAGGUACAUUUUCAUUUAUUAUACCUUUAAAGCAUGUUUUUGGAUUCUGUGAUGAUUAUACUAAAGUACUUUACGGAUUUAAACACACAUUAACUCUACAAAGAAAACAUGACAAUGAUGCUAUUUUUAGAUCUGCUAGAGUAACUGCAGGAAAAGUAAAUCUUACAAAAGCAUCAUUAUGGAUGCCUUAUAUCACACCAUCAGAUACAGAGAGACUUAAUCUUGAUAAUGUUAUUAGAGAAAAAGUAAAAAUUCUAGCAGCUUUUUGUUCUAGAUCAUACGAAACUAUAACUCUUCAACAAACAUCUAAAGUGACAAGGAAACUUGGUGUUAAAAGUGAUGAAAAACCUAGAUAUGCUAUCGUAAGAUUACAAACAAAUAAAGAUAAUGAUCAAACAAAAAAUGCUUUAUUAUUCGAUCAUUGUAACUUGACAAAUAUGCAAGUCAUGAUUAAUAAUGUAAGAUUUCCUGAAGCUGAUUAUGAACUAUCUUUUCCAAAUCAACAAUUUUCAAGAACUUAUAAAGAUGCAUCUGCUUUUAAAGGAAGUUUUUAUGGAACAAAAGAAAUCAUUUCAAAUUGUAACAUAACACCUUCAGAAUAUAAAGAUUUGUAUCCACUUAUGGUUUUUGAUUUAAGCAAACAAUCAGAAAGCUUAAAACCUUCAGUAUCAGAUAUUUAA